CAGGUGGUAUCGUUGUAUAAUUAAAUCCUUCAUCAAACAUCAUCUUGUAUAAAACGGCUCCGCAUUCGUGAUUUAGUAACAAAACUAAUUCGAACUUUACGACCCGCACUUUGUAAUUAAAGAUGGCUUCCAAAUUUGUACUUGCUAUUUGUUUGAUGGUCGCAGUAGCGUCAGCAGUACCACAACCUGGUAGAGCUUGGGGUGGAGCUGGUUGGGGUGGCGCCGGCUGGGGAGGUGUCGGUGGUGUCAACCCCUGGAUACCACCCUGGAUUGUAUCAUCUCCCUGGUACCCUCAAUGGAGUCCUUGCACCACAAUAGGCAGCGCUUGUGUCGACUGCAACACCAAACUCGUGUGCACUAAAGUCGGUGGGCUUGUACGUGCUUGUUCUGACCCUACCCUCCCCUAUUGCAACCUUGGAGAAUGCUCGGCUACACCAUCCGCAGAAUGCGCGCCCGAACCAGUUCCCGCUGCAGUUUAAAUCAACUAAGAAAAUUCUGGAUACAAUAUAAAGAGAGUGUUUAAAAACUCUGACCUGAUAUAUUGACUUUAGUAGUGUUAACAUCGUGUAAACAAGUCUGGCUGCGCAAAUAUUUUGUUAAAUUUAAUAGAUUAGAUAAUAUUUUGAUAAAUAAAGUUAUUUUAAUGUAA